AUGAGUGAUCAAGGCCGCGUACUCUGUCGAAUAAGCACCCGUCCUUCUCCGAGACUGCGAACGAGCGGACGUCGAGCAGACGUCGACCAGAUGACGGUAGUUGGGUCGUUGGCCCCAAAUGCGGAUCAUGGUGUAGAGACAAAGGUCUCAUCAGGGGGUCGAAGAAUUGCUGCAGAUCAUGACUUGAUGAGAAAAAGCCACGCCUCAGUUGCUCGAGAUGGGAGAAAGCUCAGUUGUGAGUGGUGGCCUUGCAUUUGGCAGUCGUUUGAGGUACCUGAAAAGUGGGUGCUCGAAACGGCACAAAUUUUGUUCCUUCGUCUAGAAUGUCUCGCCAGUGUUGAGAUAAGGAAUAGAUCCUUGCUGAGAGUUGUGUGCAGGAUCAAUGAUGGGUUGACGGAAGAUGUGCCUGGUUUAGCUUCGGAGCAACUGCAAGUGUCAGUCAACUAUUUUGUUGGUCUGAUCGCCAUUGCUUUGUCUGCCCACUAA